GCGCGCUCCGCCAAUACGCGCCGGGUGGGCGGAGCGGGGGACCCGGGGGUUGGAGGUUUAAACAUGGCAGAAGAGGUAGAGCGGGAGAUGAGGCUCUUCACCCAGCGGAUCUUCAAGGGGACCCCGGACCUCAGCGUCCUGUCCCAGUCUGUAGUGCGCUCCAAGUUCCUGGCUCAUUGUGGCCGAUCCUCGCUGACUGCGGAGGAGCGCCUGAAACUCAAGAAGAUAGUGGAGGAAGAGCUCCUGAAGAUGCAGGAGGAGGAUGCCAGUGACGAUGAGCCUCUGAUUAAAGUGAAGAAGAGAGCGCGGCAAGACAGCGGAGACGCUGUAGCGGGGAGCAAGGAGCCGCCUGGGAAGAGGAGGAAACCACUAGAUGACAUCGAGUCAGAAGAGGACUCCGGGAUCGAGCAGAGAGAAGUCAAGAGAUUGUCCAGCAGUUCCCCAGAAGCUCCAACUUCCAAAACGGGGAAAGGGACCAAGAAAGAGACCCCACAGAAACAGGAACAAGCAAGACAAAGGGAAGGCAGUGACAGUGAUGUCCAAGAGGUCCUGCCUGAAGAAGACACAACGAGCAAGAGUAAGGUAAAACAGAAAACCGGGCCGCUAAAGCCAUCGGCAAGAAAAGGUGCGGGAAAGGUUAAGGACUCUGAAUUGAGCAGCGACGAGGAGACUGCUGCACCCAAGAAGAAGCUGGACGUGGAAUCGGAUAGUGAGGAUGAAGACCUCCGUGAAAACAAAAAGAAGUCUCUGGACUCAGACAGCGAUGGAGCGAAGCAUAAGAAGGGGGUGCAGAGUGAAGAUUCUGACAGCGAGGAAGAAAUGACACUUUCCAACCUCAAGAACUUACAAGCAAAGAGGAAUGAGAGGUCCACAGAUGGCGGGAAUGAGCCGCAGAAAAAGGGCGGCACCAAACAAAAGCCCAAACAAGCUGCUGCCAAGUCAGGGAAGAGACCGGGGAAGCAAGAAACUGACAGUGAAAGUGAAGAAGAAGAAGAGGAGAGCACCAUCAAGAGAGAGAUGAAGGGGAAGGGUAAGAAAGACAGCGAUGAAGAGGAUCUUGGAGCGAAGAAAACAAAAGGUGGACAGAAAAGAGAGAGCGAUAGUGAGGAGGCGAGUCCAACCAAGAGAAGGAUGAAGACGACCGCACUAAAGAAAGCAAACGCACUUAAAGCAAAAAACAUGGCGGGCAGUGCGGCCAAAAGGAACCCAAAGAUGGCCAUGUCAAAGAAAGAGAUCGACAGUGAGGAGGAGUGGUGUUCUCCCAAGAGGAAAAUAAAGAAGACCGCCUCAAAGAAACCGAAUAAUAGCAAGAAGAAAGAAGAGAGUCCGGCCAAGAAGAUGCCAAGGAAGGCCGUGUCAAAGAAACAGAGCGACAGCGAGGAGGAAGAGAGUCCAGCCAAAGACAGUGACAGCGAGGAGGAGGAAGACCAUGCGGUCAAGCCUGCAUCAUCAAAGAAGACCAGUGACAGCGAGGAAGAGAGCGAUAGUGAGACAGACGAGGAUGACAAGAGCACCGUUAAAAAAGGAUCAAAGAAGGAGACUGGCAGUGAGGGGGAAAAGAGUUCUCAAAGAGGGAAAAAAAGAGCGAGUGGUAGCGAGGGGGACGACAGCGAGGACAAGAAGGGCCCCCAAAAAAAAUUAGCCACGCAAAGCGGCAAACCGGUCAGUAAGAAAAAAACAGCCGAUGAUGAUAAAGAGAAACGUGGAAAGGAUAAGAAAGCAUCUCAGGAGAGCGAUUCCCAGGAUAGCGACGAGGAGAAAGGCGAGGAUAAGGGAAAGAAGGACAAAGAUGACGGAGACAGCGAUUUGUCUGAUGCGUCCGAAGACGGCAAUGAAGACAAAAAUGCGAAGAAGCAGAGUAAGAGCACCUCUAAAGAAGACCACCCAUCUGUCACCCGGCUGAAGCGAUACAUCCUGACCUGCGGGACUCGGAGGAACUACAAGAAGCUGUUUCAGAACUGCCGUUCGGUGAAGUCAAUGGCGGAGGUGCUGAAGAAGGAGCUGGAGGACCUGGGGGUGAAAGGAAAGCCGACUCUGGAAAAGUGCCGUGUCGUACGGCUGAAGAGGGAAGAGGCGGCUGAGCUGGCGGAACUGGACACCAGUAACAUCAUCGCCACGGCAGGUGAGACUCAAAGUCCUUCUACCAAUUUGUUCCAGAACGGCAAUGUGCAUUUCCGAAGUGAUCACAAGGUGCUGUCAAGGCAUCGAGGAGUGAUUGUUAAGUGUCUCCAGCGCCCCCGCAAGAAGAAGCCCAUGGACUGGUCCGGUUUAAAGGGUAUUAUCAGCGAUGACGCGGACAGCGAAUAAUAACGUUCUCUGCCUCU